UCCAUACUCCAUACUCCAUACUCCAUACUCCAUACUCCAUACUCCAUACUCCAUACUCCAUACUCCAUACUCCAUACUCCAUACUCCAUACUCCAUACUCCAUACUCCAUACUCCAUACUCCAUACUCCAUACUCCAUACUCCAUACUCCAUACUCCAUACUCCAUACUCCAUACUCCAUACUCCAUACUCCAUACUCCAUACUCCAUACUCCAUACUCCAUACAUAA